AUGGUUGCUAAUAUUACCGAAGAUACUGCUGUGACCGCCGAUAAAUUCGAAAAUUUUAAGCUGUUUGCUCAGUACUCCGCAGCAGCUUACUGUGACGUGAAUAAUGAUAGUAGACUUGGGAAUAUUAGCUGCACCACUAACCAGGCAUCGGCUUGCCCCAGUGUUGAGAGUGCGGCGGCGGAGACGGUUCUGGAGUUUCGGAAUAAUGCUGAUGACACACGAGGCUAUAUCGCCGCGGAUCAUACCAAUAGUCAGGUUGUGCUCGCCUUUCGCGGCUCACAAUCAAUUCAAAAUUGGGUUACAAACUUUAAACCAGGUCUCAUCAAUUCAAACCUGUGUGCUGGGUGUAAGCUCCACAAAGGAUUCAGCACUGCCUGGGAAGGUGUCCAGCAGGAUAUCAUAUCUGUCAUCAAAAAUAUGAAACAGAAGUACCCCAGUUAUAAGUUUAUUGUCACUGGACACUCCCUUGGUGGUGCACUUGCUACUAUUGCCGGCGCUCACUUGCGGAAAGUCGAAAAUAUUCCCUGUGAUAUUUACACCUAUGGGUCGCCUCGCGUCGGGAAUGACAAGUUCGCCGAACUUGUCAGUGAAACAGUCCUGGGAGAUACAGCGCGAAUAACUCAUCUUAACGACGUUGUCCCCUUAGUCCCUGGGCCCCGACUGCCUAUCCCCCGAUUUUAUGGCUACCAACACACGUCACCGGAGUAUUGGCUUUUUACCGGGGAGGCGACAACUACUUCAUAUACUAGGGACGAUAUCAAGGUUUGUCAUGGGACAGACACUAACAAGUGUUCUGGGUCUUUCAGGUUUGAUAGAGUCCAGCUACUUAAAGGAAUUGAAGCGCAUGGAUACUAUUUCGUGAAACUUGGCUCUUGCGCAGCUCGCCAAGGCAAAGACGCAGGGCAGGACGAAAGAUGGAGCGACGCGGAAUUGCAAGCUCUUGAAAAGCAACUGGAAGACUACAUGCAGCGUGACAACUGA